GACAGUCAGACAUGAAAUUUUAACAAAUCGUUUUCUUAGUAACUGUUAAUUUCGGGACUGUUAUUCAAAGAAAGCAUUAUCAAGUAUAAUCAAUAUAUUCAUCAAGGAUCUGCUCGUACUUUUAUAAUUUAGAAAAUGUUGAUAAAAGUUAAGACAUUGACUGGCAAAGAGAUUGAAAUUGAUAUCGAGCCAACAGAUAAAGUAGAUCGCAUAAAAGAGCGUGUGGAGGAAAAGGAAGGCAUUCCACCUCAACAACAGCGUCUUAUUUUCUCUGGAAAGCAAAUGAAUGACGAUAAGACAGCCCAAGAUUACAAAGUGCAAGGAGGUUCAGUUUUACAUUUGGUUUUAGCUCUACGAGGAGGAUUGUAAUAAUAUUCGAUUUUAUUCGGGAAUAAGUUAUUCUUUUGUGUCCCUUUUCUUUUUUUUAAUAUUAUCUCUUUGAUAAUUUUAAAUAAAUGUGAAACAUA